CCAUCCUCCUGUUCCUCAUCCUCCAGCAUGUCACUCUCUCGACUCCCCUCUGCUGCUCAUUUCCAACACAACUUCAACUAUGGGUACAUUUAAUAUUUAAUGGUAAACAUUGAGCUCGCUCGGCCCUGCGAGUCCUCCCUCCUCUCCCUCCUCCUCCCCCCUCUUCCUCCAUCUACUCUGCGCUCCUCUCUUCACCACCUGUUAGUCCGUCUCCCUCACUGCUCUGCGUUGGAAUCCCCUCUUCCUCUUCUUUUUUUUUUAUGAGGAGUUCCACACUUGCUUUGGAGUCUUUCUACCUUCAUCCCAAUGACCGUGCAAAAAGGAAAAAGUCUAGCUAUCACCAUCCAGGAGCACAUGGCCAUCGAUGUCUGCCCAGGACCGAUCCGGCCCAUCCGCCAAAUCUCAGCCUACUUCCCUCGCCUCUCGCCCACUUCUUCCUUCUCGGAGCCGCUCUCGCCCAAUCAGACAGCAGCAGCCGCUGCCCUCAGUCCUGGUAGUGCGGGUCAAGUUGGAGCGGGAGGAGGCAGCAGCGGCCUGCUGUCACCUCUGUUAGCGGCAGGAAGCGGGGGUGGGGGCUCGCUAUCCGCCAUGAGCAGCAUUGACACCUCUAUCGAGGUCGACAGCUGUGACAGCGACGAUAACACCUCUUUGGGGACAUUGGAGUUCGACCUGCUGUAUGAAAGAGCCACAAGCUCCCUACACUGCACUGUCCUCAAAGCCAAGGGAUUGAAACCAAUGGAUUUCAACGGCUUGUCCGAUCCUUAUGUGAAGCUGCACCUUCUGCCAGGAGCCUGCAAGGCCAACAAACUGAAAACCAAGACCGUCCGCAACACCCUGAACCCAAUUUGGAAUGAGACGCUCACAUACUAUGGCAUCACCGAGGAAGACAUGUAUCGAAAAACUCUCAGGGUGUCUGUGUGUGACGAAGACAAGCUGACACAUAAUGAGUUCAUCGGAGAGUCGCGGAUUGCACUGCGCCGCGUCAAGCCCGACCAGAUCAAGCACUUUAACAUCUGUCUGGAGCAUCCGCCGCCUCUGCCCUCACCAACAGCAAUGAGCACGGCCCUCAGAGGAAUCUCCUGUUACUUGAGAGAGUGGGAGACAGAGCAGCAGAGAAGUCUGGAAGAGAGAGGACGCCUGCUGCUCUGCCUGCAGUAUCUACCCCCGGCUGAUGACGAUGGCGCUGAUGGGAAGGUUGAGGCCAAGGAGAGGACUCGCGGUGGGCUGUGCGUGGGCGUUAAGCGCUGCGCACACCUGGCUGCGAUGGAUGUUAACGGCUUCUCCGACCCCUAUGUUAAAACGUACCUCAAGCCAGAUGUUCAGAAGAAAUCCAAGCACAAAACCGCUGUUAUAAAAAAGACCCUGAACCCAGAGUUUAAUGAGGAGUUCUUCUAUGAAAUCUCCUUCUCAGAGCUCGCCACCAAGACAUUAGAGGUCACCGUUUGGGAUUACGACCUUGGAAAGUCAAAUGACUUCAUUGGGGGCGUGUCCUUAGGGUGCCACUCACAGGGGGAGACCUUACAGCACUGGAUAGACUGUCUGAAGAACAAGGGCAAGAAAGUGGAGCGUUGGCACACGCUGACCAAUGAUCUGCCCGGCUCCGUCGUGCAGGAAUGAAGUACACCUCUCAGGACUGUACGCUGCUGUGACACUGCAUCUGAAGAGGGAAUUGUCCCGCACUCAUUUGGAGGAUUUUCUGCAUGACUAUAAGGAGCAAACAGCUGCCUGGUGUUGUGUCACCAAUUAAGUUAUCAAGCAAAACACAUCAACGGGGGUCACAUUCAAAGAUCAGCGGGUUGAAUCACAGAUCAUAACACUCAUUUGCACAAAGCUGCUUUAUAAGGAUCCUUUUCAUUGGGGUGCUUGGUGUUUUUGUGGAUUUUGGUGUCAAUUUAAAGAGCCAUUUACACGUACUGUUGGGCUGAAAAGUGUUUGAGCAUUUUGGUAAAUUUCCAGAAACUUAGACAAGGUAUUUUGGAUAUAUUCAGUUGGAAAAAGCUGGGACAUUUUUGGGAAUUGAUGAGAAUGUGGAGUCAUUUUUACAAACUGUAACGUAAACAAAAAUUUAGUUUGGACAUAAGCAUAUUUUUGUUUUUUGUCAUAUGGACGGCUAACUACCAUUUUGACAUAAAUUGCUCAACAAGUCAUGAAUGCUAACUAAUAUUUGAAAACAUUUUGAGGUAUUUUCAGUAAUGUGAUGGCUCCAGCAUACCCGCAACCAGUGUGGAAAAGCAGUACAAAAAAUUAUGAAUGGGUCAAUGCAAACUACUAAUGCUACUAUUUACUUUUUUUAAAAUUGAUAGUAGCUAAUACUUGUAAUAUUUAUAUAUAAUCGCUACCUGUCUUCUUGACAUUAUUAUUAACUGAACACUGAACAUAUUUACUUACAAACAAUGCAAAAGACAAACCGGAAGAAACCUUUUAAGAGUAUUAUUUGUUUACAUGACAACACAAAUAUUGAACAAUAGCUCUACAAGUGUAUAAUUUGUUCAAUUAUACCGUCUGUGAAAACGGGGGACAUGCUGAUGUUAUGCUAGGCGUUCAGUUUAGCAUUGUGGAAGUCGGCGCCAUUUUGUUAUACGUAAGACUUGCGUUCUUCGUGAGUAUGUUACGCACACGACCAAAACAUUUAGGGUAAAGUGUAAAGUGAAUUACUUACAAACAUGUCCAAUUUUAAGCACAUAUGCUGGUGAAGGACAUUCUUCAAUUGGUAGUUUUGGCUUGUGAAGAAUGAAGGCAACGAGUUAGUGCACAUAUGAGUAAAGCGUUUUUAAAAUGCGACAUCGCCACCUAUCGGCAUGGCGUACAACAGCAUUUCCAAAAUAAAGCCUUUUUCUUUCGCCAUUGAUAUGCAAACAUACUCAAAACCCAUCUGCUUGAAGCGAACUCAUGCAAAUAACUUUAAUUUAAUAAUUAUUAUUUAAUUUAAUCACUCAUUUUCAUGUUAUAAUGCUUCCCGGGAUCUUCAAAUGGACAUAUUUUGCAUCUAUUGAUCUGUGAAUGUUUCACUGCAAACACCCAAACCGGAUGUGACAAUCGGUUCUUCCAUGUUAACGGCUUCUUGUCAAAUGUUUUGCAUGUUUGGUGUCGCUGGAGCUGACUAAAUAAGCGAAAAACGUGCUACAAGAUGACCUGCUCCUCGUCGUGUUGUUCCCGAUAUUGCACUGAGAUGUAAUUCUCUUUUUUUAAAUCUUAUUUAUGUUUAUGUGCUUCAGUGGUGAGAUGUGUCAAACGAAUAUCCCAAAGUCCAUCUGUGUUUAAAUUACUUGUACGCUCUCUCUUUUGCAGAGGGGCCACUGCAGAAUGUUGGUUUGGUUUGUGGCUGUUAAACGAUUAGAUGAUUUCAUAUUUAUAAAAAAACAGAGCUAUGUGCUCCUGUAUUUAAUUUAUAAAUGGCAUGCUUUUUUUGGUUGUUAAUUUUCUGAAAGUGAGCAUGAUUUAUGAUUCAUAAAAAUAUUCAUAUCGAUUUGCCAUGUGCAUCCCUGAGUGUAUUU